AUGGCUCGGAUUUUUCUAACUGGCGCAUCGGGUUACAUUGGCGGGGAUGUUCUUCACGUCCUCAAGUCAACCCACCCUGAAUAUCAAUGCAGUGUUCUCCUGCGCGAUAGUGCCAAAGCCGAUGCAGUCUCCAAGGCAUAUCCCGAUGUUCGAAUAAUCCUUGGUGAUCUGGAUAAUGUCGCAUUGAUCGAGGAGGAGGCAGCCAAGGCCGACGUGGUUGUGCAUGCUGGCAGCAGCAGUCACAUCAAAAGUGCCGAGGCAACUGCCCGUGGUCUGGCCAAGCAUGCUGGUCCCAAGCCCGGCCACUGGAUCCAAGUCUCUGGUGCGAGUGUGCUUUCAAUCUCGGAUAUCGUCGGCGGUCGCUUCGGAGAAGGAUCCGACAGAGUCUACAGCGAUGUCGACGACGCCAGCGAGGUCCGCGAUAUUAUCAAGCAGAACGCCGCCAAGCGUGUUGCGGACGACUAUGUUCUGAACAAAGUCUCCGGGAUCAAUACUGCUCUUGUAUUUCCACCGAUUAUCUAUGGCCAGGGAAGAGGCCCGGUCAAUCAGCGCAGUGUGCAAAUCCCGGAGCUUUCAAGGGUUGCUAUUGAAACACGCAAGACUGUCCAAGUGGGCAAGGGAGAAAGCACCUGGAGUAAUGUGCACAUCGCAGAUGUCACCGAUGUUUUUGUCAAGCUUGUUGAGAAGGCGAUUGAGGGUAGCGAGGGGGACUUCUGGGGCCAAAACGGUCUCUACUUCGUCAGUAACGGCAUGUUGAGCUUUGGAAAGAUUUCACAGCUUGUCGCUGACGCAGCUCACAAGCUCGGUCUGAUAGACUCGGCGGCUGUCAAGACCGUCAGUGCUAGCGAAGCGGACGCGUUGUGGGCUCCCGCCAGCGUGCUCUUGGGUACGAAUGCACGUCAGAACUCGCAACGCGCUCGCCAGCUGGGAUGGGUUCCACAAGGCCGUUCAAUUGAGCAAGAGGUUCCGCUGACAGUGAAAGCGGAGGCAACUCGAUUGGGAAAGCUGUAG